AUGGGCUCUGACUACGCGCUCGUCCAUGUCAAGUACACCAUCCCGCCGGCCGUGCUGCUCACGCUGCUCUACCGCCCGCUCUUCUCGAAACUCGACGCCUACCGAGUCGGCUUCCUGGUGUUUAUCGCCGUUACCGCGACCAUCCCGUGGGAUUCGUACCUCAUUCGCACCGGCAUAUGGAGUUACCCCAGCCAUGUGAUCGUCGGUCCGACGCUCUUCGACAUUCCUCUUGAAGAGGUCUUCUUCUUCGUAAUCCAGACAUACAACACCUCGCUCCUGUAUCUGCUCCUCAGCAAGCCUACAUACCAGCCCACGUAUCUUCGUGCUGCAACUCCCUCCUCGCCUGCGCCAUGGAAAUAUCAAAGGUGGACUGGGCAGGUGGUCAUCUCAGCAAUCAUCGCGUAUGGAGGGUAUUGCGUCAAGGCCAACGCAACCGGCACAUACACAGGCUUGAUUCUUGUUUGGGCAGGGCCGGUCUUGUUGGGCCUUUGGUCGCUUGCGCACCAGUUCAUACUUGGGCUUCCUCUGUCGAACACCGUAUUGCCCAUUGCUCUGCCUACCAUCUAUCUCUGGAUUGUCGACACCCUAGCCCUUCGCAGAGGGACAUGGGUCAUCAGCAGCGGCACCAAGCACGGCAUUCACCUGUGGGAUGGGUUAGAGAUUGAAGAGGCUCUUUUCUUUCUCACUACGAACACGCUGAUUGUGUUUGGUCUUGUGGCCUUCGACAAUGCGUUGGCCAUCUUGCAUACCUUUCCCUCGCUGUUCCCUAACCCAUCGCCUCAACUGCCGUCGCCGCUGGCUCUCAUGCAGGCUCUCUUCAAGUCUCCGAAGGCGUACGACCAGGCGCGUCUCGAAGGUCUCAGAGAGGCUGUAGGUCGAUUGAAGCGCAAGAGUAGAAGUUUUUACCUCGCAUCAUCAACCUUCCAAGGUCUACUCCGCACCGAUCUACUGCUGUUAUACUCCUUUUGUCGUGUGUCUGAUGACUUGGUGGAUAACGCUGAUACGGCUGAAGAAGCAAGGGAUUGGAUUGCGCAUCUGAACAAGUUCCUGGACCUUGCGUAUAGUGGGCCGAGAUCCAGACCCGCGCUCAUUAAGCUGGUUUACGAGCAAUUCCCUGCUGAUACACGCUCUGCCCUCGUACAACUGCCCACAGACAAGCUAUCGCGCCAGCCAUUGCAGGAUCUGUUACUUGGCUUCGAUAUGGACCUGGCUUUUGACACAGCAGCACCUCCCAUUUCAAACGAGGCUGAUCUCAAACUGUACUCGGAAAGGGUUGCAGGUACGGUUGCUCAAAUGUGCAUCGAGCUAAUUUUUCGCACGUAUCAAAGUACGUUGAGCAAAGAACAGCAGCGCAAAGUAGAGCACGCAGGAAAUCUAAUGGGCGUUGCUCUUCAGUACGUCAACAUCGCACGAGAUAUUGCUGUAGAUGCAAAAAUCGGUCGCGUGUACCUUCCAACCACAUGGCUAGCAGAGGUAGGCUUGACUCAGGAGCAAGUUCUCAAAGAGCCCUCAGGGCCACGGAUAGAAAGCAUACGCAACCGCCUUCUGGACAAGGCCUUCAAGCUGUACAAUGGCUCUAAGCAUUCGAUCGAGCAGCUACCCUCUGAAGCUGCUGGUCCAAUCAGGGUAGCUGUUGAAAGCUACAUGGAGAUUGGGAGAACAUUGCGACAAGAAGGCUACGUUGUCAAGGCUGGGCGCGCAACUGUGCCACGAUGGAGAAGGUUGCUCGUAGCCUGGCAGACAUUGAACCAGACCAGCAAAUCCCGGUGUGGGCCAUAG